UUAACCAUUUUAAAACAAUUAAAACUAACAUAAUUACUCUUCGUAAUUAUUCAAUCAUUAUUAUGAUUAUGAUUGUUCUACUUUCAGAAUAUGUAACCUCCUACUCAAUGGAUAAAACAAUGUGAAUCAUUUCCUGAUUAUAAUUUUGAAGAUCAACUAAGUUCCGAUAAUUAACUAUAGUUGAACAAUGAACAAGAAAUGUAAUAUUUCCUUAAUGGUAAUCACUAUGGUGUUGUUAUUGAUGACAAUGAUGAUCAAUGUUAAUUAUUCAUAUACAAUUGAAGAAGACCAGUAUGGAGAUUCAGAUGGAAAGGACAUUAUAAGAAAUGAGGUUUUUAUAUAUCUGGGCAAGACUGAUUACCGACUAGUCAGGAUUGUACCUUUUAAAAUGUAA